CCCUCACAAAAGUGUUGUUCUUACGAUUAGCACACAAAAUUCUACUUUCUGUUUCGUAAAUGGAAAUCCCGUAUGAUUUGAAAAGGAAAGCUGGACAUAUUUAAUGCUAAGACGUUUAUCAAAAUUUUGCGCGUAAUUGUGGUUUCAAAAUCAGGAUUGAUUAUGGCAAGCAAAUUUGACCCCAGAGCUGACAAUAAUUGUGUUGAUAUUGAUAUUGAGCAACUUAGAUCGAAAAUAGAAAAACCUUGGUUUCGAUCUGAACGGUUUGUUUGCUGUCCUUGGAAAAAAUUUAGUAGACCCAAUCUGUUAGAUCUAGGGAAAUGGAAAUUUUUGGAAAAGAAUAACAGUUGUAUACCAGAUGGUGAGGAGCUUGACAGUGUUUUAGAAGUGCACAAACUUUAUACAGCAAAACUCAAGAUGCCACCUGACGACAGAAUUCAAGUGACCUGGAUUGGACAUGCUACAGUUCUUGUUCAGUUUGAUAAAGUCUGUAUAUUAUCUGAUCCUGUAUUCCUGGACUAUUGUGGUCCAAACAGCGUAACUGCAUACAAGAGAUACAGAAAAGCUCCAUGCACAAUUGAAGAACUUCUUGGCAUUGUAAAGAUUGAUGCUGUUAUUAUAAGCCAUAACCACUAUGAUCAUUUAGAAGAAGCAUCUGUAAAAGCCAUUGGAAAAUCAGCCAGAGAAGAUGAAACAUAUAGAAAAUCUCCUGUGAAAUGGUUUGUUGCAAAGAAUCAAAAGGAUUGGAUUGUAAAAAAUGGGAUAAAUGAAAGUGAUGUAACAGAGCUAGAUUGGUGGGAAGGGGAGGACAAAAACAUCAGUUUGAAUGGACAGACAUUUAAAUUUGUUUGUACUCCAACACAGCAUUGGUGUGCCCGUCUUCCCCCUGUAGAUGAUUAUAAGGUUCUUUGGUGUGGAUGGGUUGUAAAAGGGCCGACUAAAUCUUACUAUUUUGCUGGUGACACAGGUUAUUAUGAAGAAUUGUUUAAGGCAAUUGGUAAGAAAUAUGGCGGUUUUGAUCUGGCAGUAUUACCAAUAGGAGCAUAUGAACCAAGAUGGAUUUUAGAAUUCCAACAUGUUGAUCCAGCAGAAGCUGUAAAUAUACAUCAAGAUAUUAAAUCUAAAUGUUCUAUAGGAAUGCAUUGGGGGACAUUUAAAACUUCAGCUUGUGAGUUCUUUGUUGAACCACCACAGAAGGUUGAGGAGGAAAUGAAAAAGAAGAAACUGGAUCCGAAACAGUUUAUAAGUUUAAGCCAUGGAGAGACGUGGUGUGUUGGAGAUGAAAGAAAAAUUCCCCCAUUCAUGACAUAUAAAAGCAGGGAAGGGAGACAUAGUAGUGCAGACCAGGCAAACAACUAUACAGACUAACAUUUCUUAUGUUGAUAUACAAAUGUGUAUUUGUAGUGUAGAUAAGCCAGACAACUAUAAUCUGAUCAAUGCUCUUUUAAAUUAAUAUAUACAUGUUGUUUAGUUGUUAUUGGUGCAAGAAGUUUAACUUUGUAAAACAUUUAUUGUUUAACCUGCUUUACAUAUGAACAUGAAGACAGUGUCUAAACUGGGUAGACAGAUCUGUCAAGUAUCAUUUUAACUAUGUAAGGGACAUAACUCUGUCAUGGAUUUCACUUAAAAAUUUCAGUCAAGUUUUUUGUACUCUUUGAGGUUUUGCUUUUGAAUACUUGUAAGUGAUCAAUAUAUCCACUUUUAGACCAAAGGACAUAAGUCUAUCCAGAAAUGUAAUAAAAUAUAUAUUUUACUAGUGUUUAAUAAAAAAAAUUAACACUUUUUAGUUACCAUUAUUCAUUUCCAGGCAAUGGGACAUAACAAUAACCGUUUUUUGCACAAUUCAUUUGUUUAAAAGUUGUUCAUACUAGUAGGUUUAUUGCUUUAGUAACAUACUACAUGUGUAUUAUCGUUGCAAUAAUGACAUUUUUCUCAAAUAAUGAAAGCUUGUCUUUUUUUCACACAAAGUGUAUGUAUAAAUGUUAUGUUGGUGAUUUUUACUUAGGUUUGUAGUUUUACACCAAGUGUCUGUGUAAGUGUUGGUGAUGUUUCCAUACAUAUGAAGUCUUGAUAUUGUUUUACACUUAGUGUACAUGCAUAUUAAAUGUUUGUGAAUUGGUUAAAUGGUUUUGUGUGAAGAUUUAUUAAGAAUAUUAUAACUAG